UGUCAUCAUCGCCGCCCUUGUAAAAAAACAAGUGAGUCUCCCACAAUUGAAAGCCGAAUUUUACGUAAAUAAUUAGCAAGUCAGUUUGUUUAGCACCUGAAAGACGUGCUCCAGCGACAUUACAAGAUGGCCUUCAACUUCACCGCCUUUACGUACAUUGUGGCGCUGAUCGGCGAUGCGUUUUUAAUAUUUUUCGCAAUUUUUCAUGUCAUUGCGUUCGACGAGUUGAAAACCGACUACAAAAACCCAAUUGAUCAGUGCAACAGCCUCAAUCCGCUGGUUUUACCGGAGUACUUGCUGCACAUUUUCCUGAAUUUACUUUUCCUGUUCUGCGGUGAAUGGUUUUCACUAUGCAUCAACAUACCACUCAUAGCCUAUCAUAUUUGGCGCUACAAAAACCGCCCUGUGAUGUCUGGACCCGGACUCUACGAUCCCACCACGGUCCUGAAAACCGACACUUUAUCGCGGAAUAUGCGCGAGGGUUGGAUUAAGCUGGCCGUCUACUUGAUCAGCUUCUUCUACUACAUAUACGGCAUGGUUUAUUCGCUCAUCUCGACAUAGAGGGCAUUGAGGCAGCUGCCUGGGGAUCUCAUUGUUGGCGCCAGCGCAUCCGCAUCGUGUAUUAGUUGUCAUAACUCGGGCAGAGACUCCCUUUUUGGGGGGGAAUCUCCAUCAACAGCGAACAAUACUUCACUUGUAAAUUCUAGUGUAAAUCCAUAAAAACAUCUUGCAGCUUUGUUUUUUUUUUAUAAUUUUUAAUCUAUUGUCUGCAGUAAGAGAUUGUAAUGUGUUUUUAUUUUGAUUAUUUUGCAUUUCGCAUCCUUGGUGUGUAGUUGGAUUUUAAGCGUAAAUAAAAGUCAAAUCGAAGUAACCAA